UCGUCCUGUAGUUGGAGGAUCGUGAGCGUCAGCGCCCGGCUAACCCCGCCCCUUUCUUGUUCUUGGUCAGACAAUUUUAUCAAUCAGAGCAACCAGAAUUGGACGCAGUACUCCAGAAGAAGCCUCUCAACAUCCGAGACAAUCGCAUAUGACGUACCAGCUCCUGCACACAGAAGAUCUGAGCAAUGAAGGGUAUUCGAAGAGGAAGAUUUGCAGUGGGGGGACUUGAAAUCAAACAUCACUUCAGGAUCUGAUGGAGUCACCCAGUUUAUCGUAACGCGAAUAUCAUUUGAUUUUGAAAAUGGAAGGAAAAAACACCGUUCGCAGCGGGGAGAAACUAUACACGUGUUGUAUGUGUGGACAAGGCUUCAGCAGAUCAUCUACCCUGUUGCAGCAUGAAUACAGUCACACUGGGGAGAGGCCAUUCGUCUGUUCUGACUGUGGGAAAGGAUUCACGCAAACAUCCACCCUGCUGAAACCCCAGCAAGUUCACACAGAUAGCAGACUGUUUAAAUGCUCAGACUGUGGGAAGCUCUGGUGCCCUGAAGCUGCAUCAACGUGUUCACACUGGUGAAAGACCCUUCAGUUGCUCUCAUUGUGGGUCUGGAUUCAAGCAAUCAUCUACCUCACUGAACACCAGCGGAUUCACGCUGGGGAGAGACCAUUCACCUGCUCAGAAUGUGGGAAGACAUUUGCUCGGAAAUCCACCCUACUGAAACACCAGCAAGUUCACACAAAGGACAGACCUUAUAAGUGCCCAGACUGUGGGACAUGCUACAAAAGAUCUGGGGACGUGAUGUUGCAUCAACGUAUUCACACUGACGAGAGACCGUUCAGGUGCUCCCACUGUGGGACUGGGUUCAGGCGGUCAUUCCAACUCACUGUACACCGACGAACGUACACUGGGGAGAGGCCGUAUACCUGCACUGAGUGUGGGAAGGAAUUUGCUCAGAAAUCCAACCUGCUUAAACACCAGCAACUUCACACAGAAGAGAGACCUUUUCAAUGCCCAGAAUGUGAGAAGUGUUUUAAAAGGUCUGGGGACCUGAUGUCACAUCAACGUGUUCAUAGUGAUGAGAAACCGUUCAAGUGCUCUCACUGUGGGGCUGGGUUCAAGUGGUCAACCCAACUCACUGCCCACCAGCGAUCUCACACAGGAGAGAGGCCGUACACCUGCACUGACUGUGGGAAGGGAUUCACUGUGAAAUCCAGCCUGCUAAAACACCAGCGAGUUCAUGAGCAUUGACAGUGACUGGUUUUCGCUGUGAAUAAAUCCCCACUUCCUCGUGUUCCUCCCUCUCUGCCAGAACGUCUGGAUGACAAUGAAAUAAAUCCACUUUUUAAAAUGUCUCAUGUA